UCGGGGGAGAAUCGGAUAGUCGUCACUGGACCUUUGUGAAUUUCCAUCGGAAUAAUUGUGGAUUUGACGGCAAUUUUCUCGCCAUUCAAGGUGUGAGGCAAACAAGGGUGCACUGGGACCGAUACCCGCUAGUUGUCCGCGAUGGUGCACCUAACGAUCUAGGUCAUGCGAUUGUUUCUGCACACGGGUAGUAUGGAACAUGGGUGCCCCCAUCGGGUUCUGUUAGUUCCGGAAGCGGACGUGUGAAGUGAUUUUUCGAUGUUUGUUUGCUCAACAAAGCUUCGCUCUAUUUGGGUAAUUGAAUUAAUCAAUGUUUGUCAGGGCCGAGUGCGUCUUUUCUCGGCCCUGCUCUGUGCGAGGGGGCAGCUAAAGCAUGGGUCUGUGACUGUUGUCUAGUGCUGCUGGUGAAGGGAUGGUUUUUCGUUUCUGUCCGUCUACAUACAUUUCGCCUGGCAGCUGCCGGAAAAGUGAGUGAGAUUACAGUGAUCAAUGUUGCGUAAUAUUAAUGUUAAUGGUUCUCGUUUUUUACGCCCGUUUGUUGUGACGAUGAUCAAGUGAAAUCGACAAGUCCUUCGGUAGUCUAUUCGAGGGGGCAGUGGAUGUAAGCACUAUGUGAAGUGGUGGAGAAAGUAUAGUGGUCAUAGAGGGGAAAAAAUUAUCUGUAGUAGAAGAAGUUAUAAUACGGUUUGCGAAGAACCGGAAUCGGGAAAAUCGCUCGAGCAGUGAUCCUGCUGAAGACGAGAGGAAGCAUCGAAUGGUCGAUGGGAAAUUUUGUGACAAGUUUCCCGUCUUCGCGGCUUCUGAGGGAGGGCAUACGUUAAUGUAAUUAUGAAGAAGUGUGAGAACGCCGUCAGCUGAAGCGGAAAAAGUUUCUUCCAGCUGGUUCCGAACUGGCUCUACUAGCGACUCUAUCCGCUUAUCGACGUCGGAAGCGUACAGCGGCUGUAUAGAAGUGUGUUCGGCUCGGAAGCGGAAGUGAAGUGUUGCUCGUAUUGUAGCCUGCCCACAUUUCGAGUGUAGUGUUUGGCUGCGAUUCGGGAGUGAAACGGGCUUACCAGUAGUGUCGUCGUCCUACGUAUUCGUACAGCCGGAGUCACAGCUGCUUGGCGAGCGUGCAAUCUAGGCCGGCCCCGCUAACGCGCUAACCGUUUAAAACCCAACAGUCGACAGGUGUCAGCAAGUUUCAGCGCCCCGUACCAGGCACAGAAGGCGUAAUUUGCCUACUCGACUUGACAAAACCAAUGCAAAACAACUGACGGAAAAGCAAAUCAAAAAGUUAGUGUGAGUAUAUGUGUACAGGUGUUCACGGUUGCGAAUCACAGCUGCAAGUGGUAAGUGUGCACUCAAGCAAGUGUUUAACAAACGUGGGAAAAGAAGGUUGUGAAAAGUAAGGCAAAAAUCAAAGCGAGAAGUUGUGUCCUCACCAUACACAGCUCCAGCUGCAGCAGCAGUGACAUCGUCGGCAUCGUCGAGUCAGAAUCGGAACGACGAAGGAAGCACAAGGAAAAAAGUCGUUCUACUUGUUGAUUAAAUUUAAGAACUUGAUUAUGCGCAGCAGCUGAAGCGGAGAUAAAAAUGACUCGUUCAACUGGCGUCAGAAAUACCAGCAGAAGCAACAACAAUAAUAGCUUGAGUCACCACCCAACGGAAACGCCUUGGAACAGCAGCAGCAGCAGCAGCUGGCAAAGCCGCACAACCAGCCCAGCGAGAGACAGCAACUUCACAGCGAUGUCAAAGAGGAGGAAAAUUGUUUACGGCUGGUUUAAUUUCAUCUUCUUAUGCUGGAUAAUGUUCGCCGAACAGUUCGUUAGCGUGCUCAGCCUCAAGGAUCUGAAAAUCUUCGUACCGGAUGCAGUAAUAAUGGGAAAUGCAGCUACACUGUCGUGUCAAUUCGAGCUGGAAAAAGCCACGCUCUACUCGGUACGGUGGUACUUCGAGAGUGAGGAAUUUUACCGGUACGUGCCAAAGGAAUCACCACCGGCCAGAACGUUCCCGGUAUCUGGCAUUACUGUCGAUGGAUCCCAAUCAGAUGCCACUUCGGUGACGCUGCGCGGAGUAACGCGGGACCUUACCGGACAGUUUCAGUGCGAGGUAUCCGAGGAUGCACCCCUGUUUCACACCGAUAUCCGACAGGCACGAAUGCAGGUUGUCGAACUGCCCAAGCAGGAUCCGCAGAUGCAGCUUGACAAAACGCACAUAACCACGUUGGACAACUUCCGGGCGGUCUGCACGGUGGGAACGUCCUUCCCGCCAGCCAACAUCACCUGGUACAUCAACGCAAAGAAGAUCCACCGUUCGCCAUACCAACGAAUCACGUAUCGCUCGUACGAAGGCACACCGACGUUCUCCUCGCUGGAGAUGUACCCGCACAGUCAGGUCCUACAGGAUAUCUACCAAAGCAUGCCUCCGUUCCAGACCAGCCUGACCGUUAUGUGCGAAAUAACGAUCCUACACAUCUACACGAAAAGCGCCCAGCAGAUGAUCAUCGUUAGCGAUCUGGUGACGACCAUUUCACCGGCUUUGCUCGGUCUGGACGGAUCGAACAACCGACGGAAAGCGAACGGUGAUCCGGACAAUUCGGCCCUAACCGGUGCCGGAGCACGUCUAACAGCUAUUGGAGCCCUCGGGUGCACUCUAGUUACGGUGAUGGUGCUAUUGUUGUCCCUAAAGCAACGAGUCGUCAGUACAGUACAUCGUUGGUGACCGACUCGGGCGACUUUGUAAAUACAAACUCUAAAAACAAUGACUGUUGCACACUGUCAAACAGCUCACUACAAAUUGAUCCAAAAUUGAAUGAUUACAACAGGCACUCAAAUACACUUAAAAUACUUAUAUUUAUAAAGAAACAUUUAGCGAAUGGGACUGUUGAAAUGUGCAUGUAACAUAAAUGUAUUUGGGCUUUUUACACUAACCAUAC